AUGGAUCCUUCUCAGGAUGCAGAACCUCGCGGAGACGUACCAAAGCCGGCGCCGCUGCUUUUUGUGGACGUCGGAACCAGUGGGAAGCAGCGCAGUAAACAGUCGAGGGCGCAUGUUGCUCGUGUGAAUCGACAAAGGCAGAGGGAUGAGAGGUUGAAGUCUGAAGGGGCUAUCAGGGGUUAUUCUUCGAAGUUAUCCUCCGAAACCUCUUUCAACAAGUCCAAGACAAGGCUACCAAACCCAGAUUCAAGGCUUUCCAUCAGGCAAAAGAGUGACAAAGCCCGACCGACAACCGCCAGUCGACGAUGGAACUCCGCUCCAACAAUCCCUCAGCUCUCGCGGACUCCAUCCCCUGUCUUUGGCGCGCUCAAAGUCGGAUCCUUCGAUCUCGAACAGUCACAUCACGCCGCAGAUAUCGCUGACUACUGCUUCAACAAAGUGAUGAACAGCUGGCUGGAUCCCGGGCUCAAGCCCACAUGGUUCGCGGCCUUCUUCGAGCACCCGCUCGUCUUCCACUGCCUGAGCUACUCCUGCGGCAUCUUGCAGGAUGUGUCGAGCGGACGGCCAGUGCAGCAAGCCCGACUGGUCCAUCGCCUCAAGACGAUCCAGCUUGUGAAUCAGCAGCUGGGGAACAUUGACAACGUCGAUCCGGAACCCAUCCUCUUGGCCAUCACCACGCUGUGGAGGAUCAAUACCGACCAGAUGGGUGGCGUGCGUGCAGCCCCCUUGAUCUUCACGCCUCACAGGCGAAGUGCCAGUUGGGUGGCUCUGUUUGGGAAGUUGGGCGGUGACGAUACUCACUCCCGAGCGAUGGUCGAGCUCGUGAAUCGCGUGGGUGGAAUGAGCAACUUCACCACCCUGCCUUCGUUGCAGGAGACUCUGGCGUUGGGAGAUGUGCUACACUCCAGCGCCAAUGCUUCAAAGCCGCUUUUCCCAAGCAUAUGGGAUGCCCAGGUCUUCGUCAAAGUGCUGAAGCCAUCUCUGCAAACCCUCGCCGGAGACGUGGAAGGCCGCGGUUUCGUCAAUCAGGUCCCUGGUGGUCUCCCAGCUGAUGCGCUUGCAACGUUCGAAAGGCUGAGUCUGGUUGACAAACUUCUCGACGAUUUCUCGGCCAAAAGCGUGAGCCUCUCAAACGACAUCAUCCUGGCUACCCUGGGAGACGCUGUGCAGCACGAGCUUCUCUCGCUACCAUCAUGGCCCUCUCUGAAUGAGGACGAUCGCCACGGGUGCUACCUGGCGACGUACGAAGUCUGCCGCAUCACAGCCAUCCUCUACUCAAACUCAGUCAUCUUCCCAAUGGCACCUGACGCAUCCUGGCUAGAGAAACUCCUCAAGCAGCUCCGCCUCGUGCUCGAGACGUCGAACAUGUCGAUGUGGGAUGACGAUACGCUGCCCAUGCUGGUGUGGUCGUUGUUCAUAGCCGGAAUGGCGGCGUUCUGGACGCGACAUCGGUCUUUCUUUGUUACCCAUCUGAGAUCGACACUCGUGUUGGCGGGAGUCUCGUCGUUGGAGGCUGUCAAGGCGAUGAUUCGGGUGUUUCUCUGGAGAGAUGAUGCUUGUGGGCAUGGGGCGGAUAUGCUUUGGGAUCUGGUACGGUGGAAGGAGAUCACGAGUUGA